CGUUGCCCCGGUGGGGGUGGAGGGUUCAGACCACACAACCUAGGCCUGGGCUUGCCACCGCGGGGUGCCAAGUCGCCGGCGGGCACACGGCGGGGGGGGGGGGUAAACACACACAGGGUGCCACACGUGUCCCUGGCACCACCCCCCCCCCGCCCCAGCCCGUACCCUCCCCCGAAGGAGCCCUUGGCACCCUGCUGUCCCCUGGGUGCCAGCGACACGUCCCAAAAUAGCCUGGGUGGGGGCAUAAAAGCAGGCGGGGCGGGGCGGGGGGGGGCAGAGGGCAGGAUGCUGGGGCCCAGCGCGGUGGUGCGCAGCGGGGGGCUGCUGGCCGGGGCCCGCCUGGGCUGCCGCCUGCGGGAGGAGGACGCUGGGCGCAGGGAGACCUUCAGCGCCGAGUGGUUGGACCUGGAGCUCAGCACCCGGCCCGAGAGAGGGUGGUGCCGGCGGGAGGUGGACCAGCAGCGCCGGGAGACGCUGGAGCAGUUCGGGGAGCUGCGGGUGCUGGAGCAGCGCUCGCCCUGGGGGGUGCUGCGAGUGGGCUGCGUGGGGCAGCCCCUGGCACAGCACCUCCUGCCCUACGCCCGCACCCUGCCCCUGCCCCUCUUUGCCCCCCCGGAUCUGCGCGGUGCCAAGGCAGGGCUCCGCCGCACCCUCUCCCGCUCCCUGUCCCACGAAGCACAACGAGGCUGAGAGGGGGCACUGAGGAGGGGGGCACUGGGGAGGGGGCACGACGCUGAUGCUGGAGGAGGGAGGUGGGAGGGGGCAGUGGGGAGGACUUGGAUGCUUGGAUCCACUCAAGCCACCCCCGAAGAGGCAGCUCAGGAGGGUGGGGGACAAGUGGGGCUGAGAUCCCACACGCUUGGGACCCCAGCCCACGGCGGGCAUCGAGGAGGCCGGCGGGGACGAGGUGCCAACGGGCUGGGGAGGGGCUCUUGGCAGCUCCAGCCGUGGGCACCGCUCUGUUUUCCUGGCAAAGAGAAGGAGAUGCAAGGAUGGAGAGCGCUGAGGAAACCCCCCCGGGGAUCGGACUGGACCCUGGGAGGGGGUUGUGG